AACUUUGGCCGGCCGCCGGGCGACACCACGAGUUAUUUCCCUGCUAUUUCCCGGCCCGGGCUCUUGGCCCCGGAACAACUGGUUUCCUCUUGGAGUCUGGGAGGAGCAGAGCAGAGCCGGCAAGGAACGAACCGGGACCAGGGAGACGCCGAGGGCAGGGGGCGCCUGGCUAGAGAGAAGCGCAGGGAAGGAAGGUAGCAAGCAGGGGUCAACUGGAGGGUCCGGAGUAGCGAGAACCCCGAAGGAGGCCGCAGAGAGAGCGAGCAGCCCCGGGAGCCGGGAGGGGGCCCACAGACGACGAGAGGCCCGCGGCGCCCGGACUCCGCGUGCCAGCGCCAUGAGGCCGCUCCUCGCUCUGCUGUUCCUGGGCUUGGCGGCCGGCUCGCCCCCGCUGGACGACAACAAGAUCCCCAGCCUGUGCCCGGGGCACCCCGGCCUUCCCGGCACGCCGGGCCACCAUGGCAGCCAGGGCCUGCCCGGCCGCGACGGCCGCGACGGCCGCGACGGCGCGCCCGGGGCUCCGGGAGAGAAAGGCGAGGGCGGGAGGCCGGGUAAGAAGCGCCUCCGCUGGGAGGCGGGCCUCCCGGGGCCGCGUGGGGAGCCCGGGCCGCGAGGAGAAGCAGGCCCCGUGGGGGCGGCUGGGCCAGCAGGCGAGUGCUCGGUGCCUCCGCGCUCCGCCUUCAGCGCCAAGCGCUCAGAGAGCCGGGUGCCCCCGCCGUCGGAUGCGCCCCUACCCUUCGACCGCGUGCUGGUGAAUGAGCAGGGACAUUACGACGCCGUCACCGGCAAGUUCACCUGCCAGGUGCCCGGGGUCUACUACUUCGCCGUCCACGCCACCGUCUACCGGGCUAGCCUGCAGUUCGAUCUGGUCAAGAAUGGAGAGUCCAUCGCCUCUUUCUUCCAGUUCUUCGGGGGGUGGCCCAAGCCAGCCUCGCUCUCCGGGGGCGCCAUGGUGAGGCUGGAGCCCAAAGACCAGGUGUGGGUACAGGUGGGCGUGGGUGAUUAUAUUGGCAUCUACGCCAGCAUCAAGACAGACAGCACCUUCUCUGGAUUUCUAGUGUAUUCUGACUGGCACAACUCCCCUGUCUUCGCUUGAUGCCCACUGGAAAGUGAGCGCAUGCUCACUCGAAGGGCGGGAGGGCGUGACACUGACAGCCGCGUCAUCCAGGAGGGCGGGCCCCCCUGGAAUGUUGUGAAUGACCGCGGAGGUGGGGUGGGGGCCUCUCCAUCCUGCUGCCGGCAGGGGAUGGGGGCAGAGGCUGAGAUCAGGGCUGGCAGCACGGGGCAGUGGCUGGAUUUCUGCCCUAGACCAAAGGAGUGCUGGCAGGCAGCGUGCUGGCGGUGUGCUGGCAGGUGUGAGUCCCCGCAGUUGCUCUGGUCCAGGACCCCAAGGUGGGGUGCUCCCUUCCUUGUCCUCUGUUCCUCUGGGUCCUCCCUCAUCCCUCCUGCUCCUGGGCCCUUUUCUCAGAGAUCAUUCAAUAAAUCUUACAACAACAACAAUAAAAAAAACCCUCUUACUGGCUUCAGCCUUUCUUCUUUACUGGUGGGGAUGCCCUGAUUCUGAGAACGGGGAGAAGAGGGAGGAGGGUGUUGGGGAGGGUGCUCAGGCAGAAGGGAGGGCUCUUAGGCUGGAUGGAGCUAUGGGCCAGAAGAUACAGGAAGCAGGCCCAGGUGAAGGAGAGGCUGCUCCACAGACCUGCUGCGUAAGCAGUGGAGGUUGUGAACAGGAGCCCCCUGGUGAGGAGGGUGCCCUGGUGUCAGACUUUGGCCACCCACAAGGAGGAGCCCUUUUUCUAACUCAAAGAUGUCAUAUGAACUGGGUGGAACUUCACCACACACAUCCCUGCCCUCACCAACAGAAGGGAAGCCAGGAUUUUCAUUCACGGCUGCUCUGGCUACUUGCCUGGUCUCUAGAUGACUGGAAAGCUAUUUCUCUGUCCCCCAUGCCAGGGGAGUGGAGUGUCCCUGGGUGUCUAGAGAUGUCAUUUUGGAGAUGGCCACGAGGGGGCACCCCAGUUCCAGAAUGCAGCAAUGACCCUAGGUAGCUGAGCUCCUGACUGCUAGGGUGGCUAGGGGGAGGAAGGGUAUUGAGCUCUGCCAGUGGGAUUCCAGAUGGGGGUAGAGGAAAAGGGGGUCAUUGGCUCCCAGCUCAGGAAGUUUAUCUUCUCUAAUAAAAUGUUUAUCCUCACAUUAAACAGAGACUGGAAGGAACCAAGCCUCCCCUCGCCCAGCUCCCUCUCCAGGAUUGGGGGAAGGGGAAAAAAGAGCCCUUCCUCAGGCCUCCCGACUCCAAGGUGGAUGUGCGCAACACUCAGUCACUGAGCCGGGCCAUACCACUCAGUCUGAGGCUAGCCGCAAAGCCCCUCCGAGGGGC